AUGAGGCGGGAGGACGUGGCGGUGCUGACGGCAGCGGCGGGAUCCGAGGCGGGCCGCGACCCGGGGCAGCCUCGGCUGGCGGCAGGGCUGGGGUGCGGGCCACGCGAGGAGGCCGGCGGCGGCAGCCUCCAGGAGCCCGGCAAACAUUGGAAGAAAUUUUUAUAUUGUGAACCACAUAAGAGAAUUAAGGAAGUACUGGAAGAAGAACUUUAUAUUAAGAGAGAUGAAUGCCACAUUAAAAAUUCACCUGCAGUGGCUCUGGAGAGGAUUUGGAGCAUUAAAAGGAAUCUCCCUGUGGGAGGCCUGAAGCCAGGACCGCCGAGCAGAAACAAUUUACUGCCACAAACCAAGUACUAUUCCAGGCACGGAGGGCUGAGAAGUAAGAUGGCGAUACCACUGCCUCCCGCUGAAGCCCCUCAGGGUGCUGCACAGUCUACAAACCAGUGCUCCAGCAUUGUUUCAAGGUCUCGAUAAUGAAGCCUUGGAUGGACUGGGUCCGAGGAAAGGAUAAGAUGAAUACACAAUUUUCCACUGAGAUGGGACCUUUUUCUUCUGAUGUCUGAAGAACAGAGAAGAAACCCAAGUUGGAUUCACAAUUUAAAAUGUACAAAAAUGUAUAUUACUGUGUAAUUCCUAUUACUGGUAUCAACACCUAUCUGAAAGGAAGCAGCUGAAAAUAAGGAAGGAAAACAUUAUAUUUAUUUUUGAUUGUCACUGUUGGAAUAUAUUCGGCUUCUAAUU